UAAUUUCGGUCGCGCUGAGUGAUGACGUAUUAUUUGCGCGACGGAGUGGAAAGUAAGGAUUCGACUACAUUCGCUGGUUUUUAGCUGAAUGCGGGCAAUGGGGGACGUGAAGACCCCAGACUUUGAUGAUUUGUUGGCGGCGUUUGAUAUUCCCGACAUUGAUGCCAUACAGUCGAGUCCAGAAGAGGACAAUGUGUCUGCUAAUGACAGAAAAAAUUCAUCCCACCCAGACUCCCUUGCCUCACACACUGACCCCCCUCCUGUCAGUGUUAUAGUGAUGAACACCGUGAGGCCCUGUGAAGAUGAUGUUGGAAAAAAAGACAAGACUACAAGCACUCCUUUAGACUCUUGUGUUAAGAUAAAUCUCACUGCUGCCCAAACUGCCAAUAGAUUUAAUGGGUCUGCUGCAAAUGACCAGGAAGGAUCCAACGCAGGACCAUGGCAACAGCAUUCACUGCUGAAGUUGAACGAUGACAACGAAGGGAAUGCAAUGGAGGUUGGCUCGGUCAGAAACAUGAUUGAAGAUGUGACGAGUUUGAAGCCCCAGCCACAACUGGAAUCCACACAGUUGCCUUUUCCUUCCUCUCCGCAGUCCGACUUGCCUCAGAAGGAGGAAGCACACCUCCUCCCACAUGUACCGUCAUCCCCUUUAUCUCACAAUGGGGCCUCUCACUUGGAUGAGGACGACUCUGAACCAGACUUGGGAAGCCCACUGGUGAUCCACGAAAGCCCAGAAUUUGUCAUGCCGUCCCCUCCGAAAUUGAAACACAGCGUCAGACAUCAACCUGAUCUGUGUGUCUCCCCUGAGGCCACCUCAUGUACCCUUGAAGCGUUGACUAAGCAUGAGGAGAAAUCUGUUUCCCUCGCAUCGCCACAACCGUCAGCGAGCGCUCAGAACUGUCAUUUGGCACCUGUGCAAGAAGAGAAAUAUCCAGAGCAUGUGAUUGAUGAGAGGGACUCACCUGAGAGUCCACCGCCGAGUGAGACAGGGCUCCCUUUUCCCAAUAGAAGCCCUGAGUUGGAAAACCACAAGGAGCUUAUGGACAGCGAGCCAAGCCAAGAGGACAGACCUAAUGACAACAGAAAGACUGCAGGAGAUGGUGAAACCGUAAAUGAGGAGUCAUCUUUUGACACCGUGUCUCCAAAAACAGAACCAUCUGAAUUGUUGCCCCUCAAAGUUAAAAUUAAGGUGCCCGCAGGAAGCUUAAUGAAGACGACACUUAAAAGAAGUCCAAAAGCAAAUUCUAAAGGUCCGGAUUCUUCCAAAUUGUCACCAAAGGCUUAUAAUCCGAGAUCUAAGAAGGGCGGUUCCCAGCAAUCUCGUUCAGAAAUGACAGUCAAAGAAAAACGUUCAGUGACCAUCAAACCUAAAUCCUCCCCCAUAGUGGUCAGUGUCGCCAAAACGACACCUCUUCCCUCCAUGACCGACUCAACAGCUGGACCCGGUGGCAUAAACCUGCACUGCCUGGGUCAGAAGACUCUCCAGAGUUCCCCUCAGUGUAGUAGCCGACCUGCCUCCAUAGUCACCAGCGGUGGGGCCAUCGUAUCCAAAAGCCAGACCAACCUGGUGGAAAUCUUCAACAAGAUUCUCACCAAUAAGAACCUGCUGCCCAGCUACAAACCUGAUUUGAGCUCCCCGCCUCCUGCUGAGUGGGGCCUUCCUUUGCCGGCUCAGGGUUACCGCUGUUUGGAGUGUGGCGACGUCUUCGCACUGGAGCAGAGCCUGGCCCGCCACUACGACCGGCGUUCGCUGCGCAUCGAGGUGACAUGCAACCACUGCGCCAAGCGGCUGGCCUUCUACAACAAGUGCAGCCUGCUUUUACACGCCCGGGAGCACAAAGAGCGAGGCCUGAUCAUGCAAUGCUCGCACCUUGUCAUGAAACCUGUGUCCUUGGAGCAGAUGAUAAACCAGAUUGAACUCAGUGGACAGUCCACCUUCCAGGCCAAAGGGCAGCCACAGCAAGCGUCUGUGAACAAGAAAUCUGACACUGUCCGGCACAUUGGUAAUAAAUGUCCAGAAUGUCAGACUCACUUUAGCAGCAAAAUGGAGGUGAUCCAACAUUUCCAAGAAAUCAAACAACCUGAAACCACACAAUGCACCGAAUGCUCCCCUCCGAUGCUGCUGCCCAACACCUGCAGCGCGGCAGCUCAUCAGCGCAUCCAUCAAGGCAGUCCACCGUGCGUUUGCCCCGAGUGCGGUGGCACCGCCAAGCACCAAGUCUUUCAGUCACAUCUGGAACACGCUUGUUUGCACUUUUCACGACGCAUCGGGUACAGAUGCUCCAGUUGUCUGGUGGUGUUUGGAGGGCUGAAUUCAGUGAAGGCGCACAUCCAACAGGCCCACUGUGACAUUUUCCACAAGUGCCCCAGCUGUCCCAUGGCCUUCAAAUCGGCACCCAGUGUACAGAGCCACAUCACAACCCAGCAUCCUGCGUUAACCGAAGGCCAGGCCAUGUUGAUCUACAAAUGUGUGAUGUGUGAUACAGUUUUCACGCACAAGUCCUUGCUGUACGUCCACUUCGAUACACAUUUAGCCACUCAAAAAGUUCACCUGUAUAAAUGUCCCGAAUGCACCAAGAUGUUUUCUCAGAGAAGUGCACUGAUGGAACAUUUUAAGAGCCACAAGACAUCCAAGCAAGAAUUAGCCUCCGCCCCAGCGGCUGCUUCUUUGUGUCCUCAGCCUGCGGUCAAGAUAGAAAGUUCGGACGGGGAAGACGGCGAGAAGGAAGUUAACGCUGAGACUACCAUCACCACGCCAGGGUGGAAGUGCGCUCACUGCCAGGAAUGCUACACUGACUCGGAAGAGUUCAUCAGCCAUAUGGCUAAACAACAUGGCAAGAUCUUAAAGAACUUUCCCUGUAACAAAUGCGAAAGCUCCUUCUCCUCCGCAUCCAGUCUGAGACGCCACGUCCGCGACAAACACAAGCUUACAAGUCGCUUCCACUGCCAGUUCUGUACAGGCAGCAAGAAAUCAUUCAGCAGCCGAGCGAUGUUGGACAAGCACGUCCACCUUCGACACCGCGCGGAAGCCAUGAACCAGGAGGGAGGCACAGAUGAGGCCGACAGCUCCUCGGAACAUGACGGCGCUUCGCUGACUCGCCAUAGACGCCGAGCGGCCGCCAAGACAGAACACAACGAAGAGUACUCUCCCUCAAAAAAGUUAAAAUCAUCCUUCGCGCCGGCCUCCUAUUCUCCUCCCGAGUCCGGGUUCCGCUGCGCUCCCUGCGGCUUCACCACGGAAGACCAGGCCACGUUCCAGGCGCACAUUAGCCAGCAUCGAGUCGGGGUGGAGGGCGGCGGGCAGCAGUGCACUCAGUGCGGCGCCUGCUUCACUUCGAGCAAGUCGUUGGCACGCCACCUCUUUAUCACCCACAAGGUCCGAGACGCGUUCACCGAUCAACAUCAAGCCCUGAUCGUGGGCGCGGCGUUGUCUCCCGUUAACAGCAAGAAGCUCGAUGAGAAUUCUCUUGGUUUCCCCACAUCGCCCUCCUCGCAAACUCACGGUCAGGAAGAUGACGACACGCUUAACUGUAAAGUGUGCGGCAAACAUUUUGACAGGGCCACUGAUCUCAACACGCACUUCAGAACUCAUGGCAUGGCUUUUAUCAAUGCAAGAAACACGGUGAAACCAACCUAGGGUGUGAGUAGACCUUCACAACGUGCCUUAUUAUUAUAUUGAGGAUCAUCCUUGGCCAAAAAACAUAGCACCUCCUUUCUGAAAUCUGAUCACUGCGAAAUUUCCCCAGCGAACCUGAUCACAGGUUUUGUUUGGACUUAAAGGUCACAACCAAGGGCAAGAUUAUAUUGCAGACACCAACGUGAAAAUGGCUAAUCAUAAAAUCCUGCAGAUGGGAGGCUUUGCGUUUGACUCAUCGGUAUGCAAUUUAACCAGAUAUGAUACAAAUACAAAUUGUCACGUCAACAUAAAACAAAAAUGAUUCCUUCCAUCCAUUUUCAACGCCGCUGAUCCUGGAACAGGGUCGCUGGAGCCUAUCCCACUUUACUUCGGGCGGAAGGCCGACUACCCCGAACUGGUCGGCGGUCAGUUGUAGGGCAUAGAUCGUGAAAAACAACCAUUCACACCCACAUCCACACUGUCACCCAGUGGGAACCAACCACACGCUGCCCGCACGUAACUCAGGCGAGUGUACUGCGACGCCAUCAGUGACUCAAAGAUGAUUCCCAUCAGCCUUAUUAACCCUCUACGUGUAACACUCAGGAUAUUGUACAGGGCAGAACCUCCAAUGUCAAACACAAUCAGUUCCAAAAUCUGUGACUAGGCGAAAUAGCCAACACCGCAAAUGUCCUGUACGUGCAAUCACUGUACACGAGGGAAUGUGGAGUUGCUCUUUAGUGUUUGUCAAUUUUAUCUCGCUCACACACAACUCCCCUCAGGAAAUCUCAGAAAACACUUAAGAGUGCAUUCAAAGCGUUUCAACCAAAUUGUACUGUGACUCAUGAUGAUGAUGAUGAUGAUGAAUAUGACUGGUAUAACAAAUACGGCCUUCCUUUGUAACACCUGAAUAUCUGGUUGCUUGUUGCAGGACAGCACAGUUGCUUUUAAGAUGGCCCGUCGUCAUCUAAAAGUUCUACUAACAUGUACAAAUGUGUUUUACGUUAGGAAUGAGAAAACACACGACCGUUGGUCUGUGCCAGCUAGUCGAUUUGUAUUUCCAGUGGAUCCUUCAAAGUUCACCACAAUCCGUUCGUCGCUGCCCCGUAAGAUUGCAAGCGAUAAUUCAGUCAACUCAUUCACUCCCAUUGACGGCGAGAGACGCCAAAGACCCAUUUGAACUCUGCUGCCAGUGAAUGACUUACUGAACAUUUUAACAUUCUUACAUGUGUCAAAUCGACCGACUAAACCAAAACUUAAAUGACUCCCUCUACUAUCAAGACAUCGACAGCGCGAACAAGCAAUCGGCUUUAAAUAUUUUCAGUUGUAACUGCAUGAAAACCCUUACGGUAGACUUGAGUAUUUACUCACACUUAACUUUGACAUGUGGCAGAUUAGAUUUAAACCGUUAGGGGUGACCAUACAAUGUGCAUCCCAAUCAUCGAUGUCAAACUGGUUGUAGCGAGGAGCCAUGAGUGAUUCCUCACAAAAGGGAAAUUUCAAACUGUACUUUGGAGGUUGCACAGUAGUCACAAAGUAGACUGCUGACUUCCUCUCUGCAAAAGUUGACUAGUGCAGUGUUUCCCAACCUUUUUGGAGCAGAGGCACAUUUUUUUUACAUUCAAAACCCACUCGACCAGACAAAAACGUCACAAAAAGUACAUGUAUCCUAUUUUCGUUUCGGUUUACUCACAAACCUCAAUUGUUCUGGAUGUCACUGUAUGAUGCUGACAUUGAUAGAUGAACAAAGACACAUUUUAAGUGUUUUAUUUAUACUUAUAUAUUUUUGGACCAGUGAAAUUUUAUCAUUUCCCAGGGCACACUAGUGUUUGGGAAUCACUGCACUAUUACUAUACUUCAUGAGCAUGCUUCAGUUGAUUUCGUACCAUUUGAGUGAUCAAUUAUCACUUGUUGUGUUCUGCGUUAGUUGUUAAAGCCUUCUCAAAGCCUUUUGAAAAGGACUUUGUGACUUGUGAAUUAGGAUAUUUAAAAUGUUUGCUAUAUCGUGCCGUUGGUUUAAAAUAGCUACAUGUACAACAUGUGUAUCUUUCUUCCGGCAGAAGAGUUCGGGUGAUCGUAAAAUCGGUUCUUUGGUGGCCAUCGGCAGAGCUUAUUUUUAUGUAUUUGUCUGAAACACUUCCGUCAAUGUGCUGUUAUUGUUUGGAAGCAACAAGCUGUGUGCGAUUGUGAGCAGUCUCAGGUGACCAAUCGGUGCUUCAUCAAGGUUUUUGAUUUACAUGAUCAAAUGUUGAUGGAGAAAACGAAAUAAAAAUGUGCCCCACCGGUG